ACCUGCGCUCUCCCCGGUGUGACGACGCUUGUCCUGUCGUGUUGCGAAAAGGGUUCCACGGAGAGUCCGCACCAAGCUGACGCGCAGUCGCCGGUCCGUGUUAAAAGUCUACAGUCAUCAAGCCAGACUGCGUUAAAAAAAAAUGAAAACUUCACAGUUUACUUGAUGAGCAGCAGCUACAUAACUCCUUCGACCUAACUCGAAACUUCGUACUGACCUGCAGACCUCAACCUCUCUCUUCCCAGAGGAGGGACAUGCCACAGGAGAUCAACCAGAGCCAGGCUCCUCUGCUCUGUUCCACAGGCUGUGGUUUCUAUGGCAGCGCCCGGAAUAAUGGCAUGUGUUCCAUGUGCUACAAAGACUUCCUCCAAAAACAGAACAGCAAUGGAUGUGUUAGCCCACAAGGUUCGUCUUCUACUGACAGCCGAAUUGGAGAGUUUCUCCUAGCACAGUGCUCUGACAAUACUACAGUCACUUCACCAGCAGCCAUAUUCCCAGCCCACACAGACUCCAGACACUGCAGUGGACCAACAUCUGCCUCAGCAACCUCAACAGAAGGGAGUACCUCAGGAGCAAAGACCAGUCUGACAGCUGGCUUUUUACAAAGGUCUGAACUAUCAGUGGACACACCCGUAAAGACAGAGGAGAAGUCAAAAGCCAAGAAGAACCGCUGCUUCACCUGCCAAAAGAAAGUUGGUCUGACAGGCUUUGACUGCAGAUGUGGAAAUGUAUUCUGCAGCUCGCACCGGUACUCCGACAUUCACAACUGCACCUUUGACUACAAAGCUGAUGCUGCAGAGAAGAUCAGGAAGGAUAACCCCAUCGUUGUCCGAGAGAAGAUCCAGAAGAUCUAAACAGAAUCAGAGCGGAAAAUAAAACUGGAGAUCAACCACUUAUGUUGCCAGCCUCAUGAUUAGCUGUUAUUCCUAGACCAAUCCACAGUAAUACUAAAGAACGACAUGUCUGUGAAACCCGUCGGCAACAUUGUAUAAUUGUAUCUUGAUUCUCGUAUUAAUUUUUUAAAACUCGGAAUGUUUUGGUAUGUGAGUUCUUCAGUAGUUCAUAAAUAAAUGAAUCAGGCCCCGUGAGUGGUUAAAAAUGCUAAAGGAAAAAACCGGUGGGGCUUUUCAAAGGGCUGUGCUUUUUUUAUGCAUAAUCUAAAAGAACGCAUGUAAACUCACCAGUGAUCUUUACUUUCCUCACUUCUUUGUAUGUAGUGUCAUUUCAUAACCAAAUGUAUUUGAAAAACACCAAACUUUGCUUUCACGUCAUCAACGAGAAAAAAAACUUUUUGUUUGAUUCUGGCUUUUAAUGUUUGUGAUCUUCCACAGAGGAUUAUGUGUGGGUGUGUUAGUUUACAAUAUGAGAAUAUAGUUCAUUUAUGGGUG